UAAGAUAAACUAAGCUAAGCUAAGCUAGCUUUAGCAGGAGUUUAGCUGUUUUGUUUUUCCUCCAGGGUUGGAUUUAGCUAAUGCUUAAUUUGGGAUAACAAAUUUAUUUACCAAGAUGUUGGUUCAAGUUCAUUUUCACAGCUCACUAUAUUUAGUACCUACAUUUAGCUUUAGCUGAUUAACUGAUUCAGACCAGAACAAACCAACUGUGGUUUGAAAACAUAAUUACUUUAGAUGUCUAGCUGACUGAGUCUCCAGGUUUCCAAGCCAGAGAGCAAAUACUUUAGUCUGACUUGGUUUUUAGGUCAGUUUUCUAGUUACUGAAUAUUUAAAAUGUUAUUUUCACAAACAACUUAUAUUUGUCUGUAGCAUAUUUGGUAAAACAAAUGUAAAAGUCAGACUCUGGUUCACAGGGCAGUGGUCAACUGGUCAAAUAGUGAGUUCUGUAACGACUCAGAACCUCAGAACCCAAAAGCACGACCUCAGAGACAGGAGCAGAAUCCAAUAUUCUUUAAUCAAUCCAAAAAAAACAAGCAGGGGUCACAAACCAGGAAGAUCAGGCAGACAACUCCAAGGGACUAGGCAAAUCUCAAGACCAGGAAACAGGCAGGAUCUCAGGUAACAGGUGAGUGAACAGGUAGAUAUAGAAAUGCUGGAAAGCUAGGCAAACACACUAGACAACCUGGCAAGGAACAUGUGAAUGUGGACCAGUAUAUAUAAGGAGUGACUGAUGAGCCUAAUGGGAUCCAGGUGAGGAGAUGGGUGGGGAAACUCAGGUGAGGGGGAAUGAGGUGAUUGCAGGGCAGAUGGGUGUAGCAGGAUCUGCAAUGACAGGAGAGUUAGAGAUCAUGAAGGUGAACAACAUGAAAAAUAGUCACUAAAACGGUGAACCUGUGACAGAGUUCAGUAAUCUGUGUGUUUUCACUGAGAUGAGCUUUGAGCUGCUAGAAAGCCUCUCAGUGUUUGUUCAGUUCACAGCUCUGCAACAAUAUCAACAUGAAUUUUCUGAUUUUCUCUGCAGGACUCCAGGCUGAAGAUAAACACCAGUCAACAGGUUCUCAGUGUGAAAGCACAGCCAAGGCCGACAUUGUGCUGUUCGUUGACAUCUACGAGUUCAACAGCUUUGAAGACCGUAGUAUCAUGAGGUCCUUUCUAACUCAGAUAGUCAGCAACUUCGACAUCGGCCCUGACAAAGUCCAGAUCGGUCUGGUUCAGGAUGGCCUCUCUCUAAAGACAGAGUGGCAGCUGGACACCCCCCAGACCAAACAAUCCCUGCUGGAGGCCAUAGCCAAACUGCACUGGGAAGGAAGACUCAGACUCACCUACACAGGGAAAGCUCUGAAGUACAUCCUCCAUAACAGCUUUAAAUGCAGUGAGGGAAGGCGUGCAGACUCCCAAAAAAUUGCCAUCCUGAUUACUGAUAGAAAGUCCCAGGACGACCCAUUCCUCACCUCGCAGCACUUGAGAGACUCCGGCAUUGAGGUCUACGCCAUUGGUGUAAAGAAGGCAGAUGAGACUCAGCUGAGGGCCGUCGCCUCAGAUCCAGAUGAAACUCACAUGUACAGCGUCAGCGACUUCUCGUUCCUCCUGGACAUCAUUGACAAACUCACUAUCAACCUCUGUAACAGUGUUAAUGGCUUAGGCUUUGUCAGGCUGGUGAAUGGGAAUAGUCGGUGUUCAGGCAGACUGGAGAGCCUGUCAGGUUGGUGGGAGGAACUGGUCGCUGUGCAGGGACUGUGGAGUAUCAAGCUCAACAUCUUCCUUCAUCACGGAGCUCACCUGCUCAGCCUAAAUCCCAGACCGUCCAACUCCCAGAACAGUCUGCACUCUUCUGGCCAGCAACAGGAGUUACAAGGAGGCAACCCUCUGGCUUUGCGUGGAGAACUCCAACACAGCAGGACUCUGCAGGAGGCUCUUGAGUAUCCCCACACUUGCCCCACACCUCUCACACUGAGCAACUCCAGAAAAGAAGAGUCCAGCCCCUCUCCAGGAGUUUGGUUCCAGAGCAGGUGCUGUGUGUAG